AUGAAGAUUAACCGCUAUAAUGACAUGUUAAAAUCGAAGUACCGAGAGUUCAUCACCCCUUCUAAGUGCGAAAAUUUGAAUGAGCUCAUUAAUUGGGCAAGAGAUAGGGAGAUCGAGAAGAAAAGACAAGAGGAAUGUGGGGAGAAAAGACAAGUCGAGAAAGGAUCAACACAAGGCACUCCUAAAAUGUCUAAGACACAUGAUCAGGGAAAGAAAGAAACUACUAAAGGAGGGUUUCCUCGGUGCAAGACACGCGAGAAAUUCCAUUCGGGAGAAUGCUUAAUGGGGAAGAAGGGAUGCUAUAAUUGCGGACAAGAAUGGCAUCCAUAUUAUAAUUGUCCAAAUCCCAAAAGAGUAUGUUACAACUGUAACGAGUCGGGCCACGUGAAAGCCGAAUGCCUAGAGCUCAAGCAAGGGAUGAAGAAAGAAGGAAAGAAAGAGGAACCCUCUAAAGCUAAAGGAAGAAUGUUCCAAAUUUCAUCAGAAGAAGCGAGGGCUCAUCCGAAUGUGGUGUCAGAAGUAGAAAUAGCUGAUUGUAAGAGUUACCUUUUACAUGAGAUAUGUAGAAAUUGUAAGAUCACCAUUGAGGAUGAGGAUUUCGAUAUUGAUCUUAUUCUCAUGGUUUUGGGAGAAUUUAAAGGAAGGUGGGUAAGCAUUUAUGGGGAAAGGGAGGUAGAGACUAAAUUAUGCACCAUAAUUGAAGCGGUUAAGUAUGUGAGAAACGGAAGUAAAGCAUUCCUAGCCUAUGUAGUCGAUACGAAACAAGAUGCCUUAAGGAUUGAAGAUACAAGAAUUGUGGAUGAAUAUCCGGAUGUGUUUCCGGAUGAAUUGUCGGGACUCCCACCCGAGCGAGAGGUAGAAUUCUGA